CUGACUGUCAGCUCAGAGUGCUUCUCUUACACUAGCGGUGCCACUGACUGCUUGCUGCCACUGACUGACUGGCUUCGCUUGUGCCCCUGGAGGUUGCUGCUGCCCUGCCCAGCAUUGUUAGCUCCCUACAGCUCGGCAGAACACUCCUUGUCUUCUCACCUCCCUUUGUUCUAUUGCUGUCCCCUUCCCCCAUUACCUGCUCUGUGCCACUCUAUCCCUAUAGCACCACCUUUUAUCCAGCACCGGUGCCACCUGCAGCCCCUGCCCCUAGCUGGAUGUGCGCCUGGGACAGCUGAGGAGCUCACCGUCGUGUCGCUUGGGAAUGGCUGUUACUGGGAUGGGAGCCUCACGGAGCCGCUGCUUGUAAGACAAUUAUAUCGGGGACAAACACACCGGCGGGACUCGGCAUCACACCGGCCACUCACUUCUCUGCUAAGGCUGCCGGCACCAUGAACACCAGCUUGCCAUAUCAGCAUAACUCCUACAGUCCUUCUGGGAAUUCGGGCCCCAUCCAAUGUUACCGCUGUGGAGAAACGUGCAAGGGAGAAGUGGUGAGAGUGCAAACCAACCACUUCCACAUCCGCUGUUUCACGUGUCAAGUUUGUAAUUGUGAUCUGGCCCAGUCUGGCUUCUUCUUUAAGAACGGAGAGUAUAUCUGUACGAGGGAUUACCAGCAGCUCUAUGGAACCCGCUGUGACAGCUGCCGAGACUUCAUCACAGGGGAAGUCAUUUCUGCCCUUGGACGGACGUAUCACCCCAAAUGCUUUGUGUGCAGCAUUUGCAGGAAGCCUUUUCCCAUUGGAGACAAGGUGACCUUCAGAGGCAAAGACUGUGUGUGUCAGAACUGUUCCCACUCUUUAGUCAGUGACAAGCCCAUCAAGAUUCAUGGUCCAAGUCACUGUGCAGGGUGUAAAGAGGAGAUUAAACAUGGCCAGUCCCUGCUAGCGCUGGAAAAACAGUGGCACGUCAGUUGCUUCAAGUGUCAGACGUGUGGCAUUGUCCUGACUGGAGAAUAUAUUAGCAAAGAUGGCGUGCCUUAUUGUGAAUCGGAUUAUCAUGCUCAGUUUGGCAUCAAAUGUGAAACGUGCAACAAAUACAUCAGCGGCAGAGUCCUGGAGGCAGGCGGCAAACACUAUCACCCCACGUGUGCUCGCUGUGUCCGCUGCCAGCAGAUGUUCUCGGAGGGAGAAGAAAUGUACCUGACAGGCUCUGAAGUGUGGCAUCCAAUCUGUAAACAGGCAGCUCGUGCAGAGAAGAAGCUCAAAUACAGAAGGGCAUCUGAGACUUCCAUCUCCCCUCCAGGAUCUAGUAUUGGCUCACCCAAUCGUGUUAUAUGUGCCAAGGUAAACAACGAGAUUCUAAAUUACAAGGAUUUAGCAGCCCUCCCUAAGAUCAAACCAAUCUACGCAGUGCAGCGCCCUGACCUCAUUUCUUACGAGCCUUAUAGCAGAUACACAUCCGAUGAGAUGCUGGAGAGAUAUAGCUACGGGGAGGAUAUAUAUGAAGGGAUAGACUUGCGCCAGAGAAGAUCUUCUAGCCCCGGUUAUAUAGACUCUCCUCUGUACAGACAUGAAGUAUCCCUCACCAUGCCACGCAAUCCACAGCAUUACUACAUGUCAGGCACAGAUAGUGGGCGCAACUCACCUUUUUAUAGCCAGUUAGAUGUACGUUGCUCCUCGCCGAACCAUUACCAAGUUCCACGGCAUUUCCACGUACCAGCCGCUGCAGAGAGUAACAUUUACCGGAAACCCCCCAUCUAUAAACGGCAUGCAACGAAAAGCAAAACAAGUGAAGAUCUUGUACAGUCUUCUAAAUAUUUCCCAGCACAUUCCCAUGAACUGUACUACCAACCUGAAUCUGAGUUUUGGAUGUAUUCCCCAAAAGUGCCUCGAGCACGGAGAUAUUCAUCAGGCGGAGAGGAAGAUGGCUUUGAUCGGAGCAUGCAUAAGAUCCAGGGAGGGAUUGGGCGAAUGAUUCUAAAGGAAGAGAUGAAAGCUCGGUCCUACGCUGACCCUUGGACGCCUCCCCGAAGUUCUGCCGGCAGUAAGGAAGCUCUCCACACUGCGGGAUACGAGGCUUCUCUUAAUGGAUCUCCCACCAGGCGCUAUCUGGCUGACAGUGAUCCCUUGAUUUCAAAAUCAGCCUCACUCCCAGCCUACAGGAGGAACGGAUUGCACAGGCCUCCCAGCACAGAACUUUUUCACUAUGACAGUGCCAACGCUGUGAAUUGGGGAAUGCGUGAGUACAAGAUUUAUCCAUAUGAAUUACUUGUUGUCACCAGUAGAGGGAGGACUAGACUUCCUAAAGAUGUAGACAGAACACGCUUGGAGCGUCAUCUAUCGGCAGAAGAGUUCUAUCAGGUCUUUGGAAUGACCAUAUCAGAGUUUGACCGCCUGGCACUGUGGAAAAGAAAUGAAUUGAAGAAGCAAGCCAGGCUCUUUUAAUCCCAUCUAACAUGUGCCUCAGAUAUAAAUAAACACCUCUAUAAAUAUAUUUAUAAAUAUAUAUAUAUAUAUAGAUCUUCUGUAUGAUUAUCACAUACCAUAUAUAUAUUGUAUUAUAGGAUAAUCUCGCCCUAGGCUGAGACUUUUGUUUUAACCCUUUCAGACGUGGAAAGGACUACAACCUGUUACUAUGCAAUGUGUUGCAAUCCCUUUUACCACUGAGAGGGUUAACCUGAGUUGAGAGCUAUUUUGAACUCUCGCUUAUAUUUUUUAAGGCUGUUUUUUUAUUUUCUAUACGCUGCUGUUUCUGAGAGUUUCAACCUCCACCAACAGGGAGAAUAUACAGUACAUAACACAUUGCUUUUACAGAUAUAUGGUUUGACUCUGGCAUUACUCAUUUUGAUGCGAGAACUUGCAAUUAUUUCCAUUCUGUAACAAAAUUACCAAUAAUUUACCACCGGCUUAUUGGCUAUAGGUCGUUUAGAAAUUGCAGCCUUAUACAAAGUGAGUUUCUAAAAAUGCCAUAUGACGGACACUUGAUAACAUAUUGGGCUGCACUGCUUUAGGGUGCACCCCUGGGAAGAUGCCACCGAUUAAUUUUGGCCAUUAGCCAGGAGAACCAUUCACAACUGACCUGGAAAGCAGCCAAAAUCCAUGAUUCUGUAUUAGUGCCCAUGUCUCCGAGGUUUACCAGGCCUGCUUCCUGCAGUUCAUGAUUCCUUGCACUGUGAAUGUCAAUGUUUUUUCUCUGCUUAUGGACCCAAACACCCCAUAACACCAACAGCAUGUGAAAGCAAAGGGAAGUACUCAGUUAUCUAUGUGGCCUUACAAAUUACAAUUAUAGAUAGACAUGGAUAGACAUUCUCCUCCAUCAUGCCCCAGUAUGUCAUCUCCUCUGUACCCCCUGUCCUUUUUAUGGCAGAAACUAGGUGCUGAAUUGCAAAUGCGUAGUUACACACAACAGCCAAUCAGUAAUUUGUUUUGACCAGUUUACUGCCAGUAACAAAAUGGAAGCAACUAUUUGAUCGGUUGCCAUGAGCAACUGCACUUCUGCCAUUUCGUAGCUAUGUUAGUAAACCUGCCCCUCUCUGUUUUGCACAUUUUCUCUCAUUUGUAAUAAAUGGUGCACGGUUUACUACAGGUCCAGUCAUCUAUAGCAACCGACCAGCAGGUACCUUAACUGACCACCUUUUUGAAAGCAAACAUCUUAUUGGUUGCUAUGGUUUACUACCCCUGGGCCUUCUGUCUUGUAUUACACAUGGGGGUUGCCUAUGAACAGGUAGAAAAAAUAUUUCAAAAACAUUUUUUUUCAAAACUGCCCUGGCACUUUUCAGCCUGAGGAUAUUCUAGUGGCUGCUCUAGCAUAGACAAUGCAGCGUGUGCCAUCAGCUUAACGCUACCAGCCUUUUGCCUACUAUAUUUUGUCUUCACUUAAAACGUGGCAUGAAGAUGUCCUAAAAUCACCCCCAUUAUAGUCUGUGAAAACACACAGAUAUUUGCCUUGCUAUUGCCCCUCGUGUGAGUUUUCAGGAGAGAAUUGCUUGAAAUUCACAUGUACUGCCAUUUUCAUGAUUCCCGUAGAAAGCAAGGGGUGAUUGGAGAUGAUUUGGGGCACUUUGACACUGUAUUUGAAUAAAAGUAAAAUAAAGCCAACCUCCCCCAGGGAAUGCUGGAACAAAUGGAGUUCUCUAAACAGUCCGUGUUCUUAAAAUUCAUUCCCAACCAAACCUAGUGAACUUUCCAGAAAAAUUCACUUACAUUUUUAACCUAAAAAAAAGUUCAAAUUCCAUCCUGCCUUGUAGGAGGAAAUCUUUGCAUAUGAUUUUCUCAAUACUGAAAGCUGGUAUGGAUGACCAGAGGAUGGUGAUUUUUGUACAGAGAAAACAUGGGGCCCUCACUGGCCUGUGAUUUGGGAGAGAUUCCAAGAUGGCCAGUGGUGCUAAAAUGAGCAAAGUUAGGCAGUAUUAGCAUUAUACUGUAGCUUCCCUUAACCAGACGAGAAUCCGCUCCUCCACUGCUGCCCUUCUGCCCGGUGUGCUUGCACCCAGAAACAUUACCUCAACUUGGGUGCAGACAGACAUGGGAGAUUUUGCAUUGCGCACCGAAAUCCACCGCAUCUGCCUGCACCUGAGCAGGGUUAAAAUUUCAGCGUGCAGGCAUGUCAGGCAGAAGCGUAGGAGGGGAUCCAACUUGUCUGGCCCCAGCCUUAGACAACCACAUGUGCAAGGCCAUACUGUACUGAUCCAACUGGACUGAUUGUGGUGCUGACCAUUCCAGUUUAGGGGUACAUGACUACUUCCAUUCUUUAGUUGGGACAUGAGCACACAGUUCAGUGGGAGGUAUAUGAAUUCAUUGGUCUCUAUGUGAACAAUUUCAGUUCUCACAGAUACUUAUAAAUUGUAAUACACUGUCACGCCCUUUUUUUGCCCGUUAAAAUCCAAACUUAUCCCUGGGGCCUCGGAUAGACUAAAGCCUGAAAUCUCCGUACUAGUGGCGUGGCUAGUAGGGUUGAGUCCAUGAUGCAAAGGUAUUUCAGUGGCGUAAUGCUUGGGGUCAGUACAAACAGUUGAAAGAUCUGCUCAAGAAAACUACGUGUGUGGAGUUUAGUUUGUGUCUGUCCUAUAAAUGUUAUCAUAUUUUGUAUAUUAUUUAUAUAUGAUAUGUAUGUUAUGUCAUGAACACAACUCACACUUUAGCAGAACCCUAGUGACAUCUAGUGGUUAUUCCAGCACCUGUACUUGGAUGUGUUCCUGCUGUGUGUGUGCAAAUGUUUUUUUAGAGUGCUCCGUAGAGCUUAAAAAUGUGACUUUGCUGUGCCUCAUAUCAGGCAAAAGAUAUGCCUGAUAAUAAGAGCAAGGAAUAUUUUUACACCUUAGCAAAUUGUGUUCUUAAUGUCACAUGCUAGUAAUAUUACGGGCUGGCAUGGGAAUGUAUAGCACUGGUUAGAAAAUGAAAAGACAUAAUACCAUGGCCACAUACGUUUGGUCUGUGCAGUGUCCAAAGGAUUGUAUAGAAGUCUGUGUAUAUAUUUACAGCCACAGCAGUCGACGUUUCAUAUUUACUGCAGGGCUAAUACCCCAUUAAUUAUCUAUGUGAUAGAAGCAGUUUAGUCAAAUGAUGGGUUCUGGGCACCCAGAAAGCAUUGUGCUUCCAACUUGCUCUUGAGCAUGGACAGUUUUCCCCCUGAGUCUACAUAAAUCACAUUUCUAUUGGAAUCAAUGGUCUCUUGUUCUUUAGCUGUAGUUAAAAUAUAUGGUGCUAUAUCAUGUUGUUGGACAACAAGUUCCCAGCAGCAAGAAUUCUGGGAGUUGCAUUUCAGUGAAAGCUGAAAAAGCCACGCACCACAGUUUUAUAUUAGUAUUGAGCAUCACAGUAACAUGGGGAACAGAAAAAUAAUUCAUAUUUUUUUUGUUUGUUAAUCCAGAAAUGUGCAUUUAUUGUUAAAAUAACUUGUCAGACCUACACCUUACAGUAGAUACCUCCCUGAUCAAAAAUAUAUAUUUCUUGUAAGGGUUAAACGUCUCAACAGGGUGGGUGAUUCAGACAACAGAGUAAAACCACAAACAACACCUGUGCCGCACAAACAUUCCUUGCUACACUUGCCUUUUGUCUCCCUAAUAUUUACUACUGAUUUAAUCAGUAUAUGACUGAAUGUUACCGGCAAGCCAUAGAUGCUUUGUGUGCUGCCAAAAUGCAGGGUUUUACUGGAUUCAAUUUGUUUUAUCACAAACAUCACUUAUCUUUUAUUUGCCUUGCAUUUGGACUCCAGAAGUUUCAUAUAUUAAAACAGCUUCUUCUCUAAGCA